AUGUCUAUCUCUGAGAUCAAUACUCUCAACGUGAAUCUACGCUUUUCCAAAUCCGACGGGGAACUCAAUCUCGAACUCUACCAAACAAAGGGCUUAGGGAUGAAUGGCCUCCACAUGGCUAUUCUAGGCUCGAAUGAGGCGACUGUUUAUGCUCUCCUCCGGAAAGGUGUGAGUAUUUCACAGCGUACUGACAGCAAUGCGACAUGUUUGAGUCUCGCGACAACCCGGAACAACUCCGUAGUUGUCGACCUCCUCUGCGCUGCUGGAGCUGACCCCAACGAGAGCUGUCCCGUUAAGAUGAAGAAUACCGUGAAUAUGAUCAAUCAGGUUCUCCUCGACAUAAAACCGAGUGAUUCCGGUCGAAGACCCCCAACUGCAAUGGGGUUCCGUCAGAAUACACGAACAGUUCUUCUAGAUGAAGAUAUUGAAACACCGCUUCAUUCCGCUGCAUUUUUCGGCAAGAAGCGCGCCGUCAUGGCCUUGCUGAAAUGGGGUGCUGAUAUCAAUGCUCGGAGCUGCCUAGGGUCUACUGUGCUGCACAAGGCGAUGGAAGGAGAUCACCAACGUGUGGCGAUACAUUUGAUCAAGGCUGGUGCAGAUGCAUCCACGCCAUUACUCUAUGGUCGAACACCAUUACAUCUGGCUGCGGCUAUGGGUCAAUCCAAAUUGGCGGAAUGUAUUCUGCAACAUGGCGGAAAUGCGCUGGCCCGUGAUCAUUUCGGAAAGACUGCACUGGAAAUUGCUCGGCGGUAUGGCCAUCAUAGUAUUGUCGAGAUACUGGAACACGCUGCUGCGAAUAUGUCGGCCGAUGAGGUUCCAGGAUCUUCGUACUUUCUCGGUGCAACGAUGGAAGAGUUUGAGGCUGCUGAGCGGGAGGAACGAGCGCUCAGCCAGGCGUACCUCGGGAAUCAUGAACCUGAGCUCUCAGAUACGGAAGAGACUGUUGAGUAUUCAAUACUGAGAUCGGAAGCCAUAACAAAUAAGUCUAGUAGCUAA